ACAAUCGUGAGCGCGCGCUACAGCACUUCAACUUGUUGAAGUUUCCCCCUGAACUUUACAUUCCGCGCGGACCUGCCCCCCGUUCAGCAGCAUGCCUCUCUCCAACAAGUGGUGGAUUUUGUGCGCAGUUUUGCUCUCCUGCCUGGUCCGUUUUGGGUCUUGCAGAAAAGCACAUGGAGUGCCAGCUGAACCCGUCAUCUUCAGUGAGUUAUGUGCCCUGAAGGACGAGCCGGGGCCGUGCAGGGCCAUAAAGGACAGAUACUUCUUCAAUGUCGACUCCGGACGCUGUGAACUCUUCGAAUAUGGAGGCUGUGGGGGAAACCAGAACAAUUUUGAGACUUUGGAAGAAUGCGAGGAAACAUGCCUCGUCUCGGAUAAGAAGAACCCAUGUCAUUUACCCCAGGCUCCCGGUCCCUGUCGAGGGCUCGUGUCACGCUUCUUCUUUGACAGCUCGAGUCAGGAGUGCAAGCAGUUCUAUUAUGGAGGAUGUUUUGGCAAUGCCAACAAUUUCAGGACCAUGGCUGAGUGUCAGGCAAAGUGUCUAAAUCCAGCACCAGAAUCUCCUUCUCCAAGAAAAGACGAUGUUCAGCCAAUCAUCGAGACUGGAGAACAAAAUGCAGGGGAACAAAUUGCAAAUGCACCGUUGGUGCAAGGGAAUGACACAAAUCCAGAGACAAACGAGCUGUGCUUCAGACCUGUGGACAAGGGGACAUGUAGUGGUUCAGAGAGCAGAUAUGCAUACAUUCCAGAAAAAAAGCGAUGCCAGUCAUUUUCCUACAGCGGCUGUGGAGGGAAUGAAAACAACUUCAUAACCCGGAGACACUGCUUCCACAAAUGCAUCAGAAAGGGUCAUGGGAAGAGGAUGAUGAUCCGAGUAAGGAGGAAAAACUUACACAACAUUCUUAAUUACUCAAGAAGAACACUCGACUCUGCGUGAGAUUCUACUCUGCUGUCAGCUGUAUUUAUGCCAAUAUAUGUUUUGUUUGGGCUUUUUUUUUU